AUGGCCGAUCUUAGCGCAUGGGCAGCUCCUAAGCUUUCCCAGAUUCUUCCACUGGAUCCAGAAUCUCUCUCUCAAGUUAUCGAUUAUGCUGCUAGCCUCUCAAAGGAGGCAUGUGCGGAGCACCUAAAAAACCUCCUCGGUGACUCUCCAGCCGCCCUUGAAUUCAUAUCCUCGUUUAAUGCACGCCGAGAACCUCAACGACCAGUUCAGACCCCACCCGCACAAUCUCGAGAUGCCACGAGGUCAUCAGGGCCCAAGAAGGGCAAAAAGAAGGCUCCAUUGCACAGCGCUGGUCCGCCACGCCGACCCGACAACUACGGAGAUGUAGGCGGUGGUUACAAAAAGGCCGAUGAGGAAGACUACAUGUCUUCUCGAAAACCAAAUACUUCUAUUCUUGCGCCGUCGCAAAAUGGCUCCUCAUCCUCGUCCCGCGUCCCCUCUCCCAUGCCUGCAUUAUCCCCGAAGCCACCGCCAUCCGCGAGCGGCCCCACCAUUUCCGAUAUGUUACCAAAUGUGCGAUCAAAGACGAGCAAGUCAACACGACAAGCUGGGGCAGGAUCUUCUUCCAAAAGCAAUGCAGCUCUUACGACGAAUGAUAUAUCCGACCUCACCGCCGCUAUUGCCGCGUUGGAGGUAUCAACAAACCCCACUCUGGGCGAGAGGCGUAAAUGCACCUGCUAUGGAUCCCUCCACCCAGUGUUCGACCCGGCACCCAAUUGUCUCAAAUGUGGCAAGAUUAUCUGCUCACUGGAGGGACUACAGCCGUGCUCAUUUUGCAACACACCUCUCCUCUCCGCCGAAGAAGUGCAGGGCAUGAUUCGGGAGCUACGGGCGGAGCGUGGACAAGAGAAGAUGCGCGUGCACAAUGAUGGUGUGCAUCACGAAGGAGGACCUAAGCCUACAUCUGGGUCAGAAUCACCAAGCAAAUUGGACGCCGCCAAGGCACAUCGUGAUAAAUUGCUCCAGUUCCAAGCGCAGAAUGCCCGUCGGACUAAGGUUGUUGAUGAGACGGCUGAUUUCGAAACGCCAAAUGUUGCCUCCACCUUGUGGAUGACCCCUACGCAACGAGCACUAGCGCUCAAGAAACAGCAGCGCAUCCAACGUGAAAUGGAUGAGAAGGCCCGCCCUGAGUGGGAGAGGAAAAAGACCGUGAUGAGUCUCGAUAUCAAGGGCGGUAAAGUGCACCGAGUAUAUCACUCUGCACCAGCGGAGUCAACCCCAGAAGCCAGUGAGCCGGAACCUGCCGAUGCGGCGGGUGCAGCUGACCACUCAAGAAAAGAGCAUGCCUUCAGUCACAACCCACUGCUCGCAGCUGGUGGUCUGAUGCGACCUGUUUGGCGUGCUCCAGAGGGUACAAAGACCGAAGCAUCCGAAGCUACGGAAAAGAAGCAAACUUGGCGACGGGUGCAGGACGACAACGAUGACAACGAGCAAUGGAUAUUGGAUGGCGGAAUAAAUGGACACACGACCUAG